ACAUUAGUCGGUAGACGUACUCACACAUCGCAAUGGCCGACAGCGAAGGAAGUUCAGAGCAGGAUGACGUAUCGUUCCUUCGGACCGAAGACAUGGUAUGCCUAUCAUGCACGGCAACCGGAGAAAGAGUUUGUCUUGCAGCAGAAGGAUUUGGAAAUCGACAUUGUUACUUGGAAAAUAUUGCAGACAAAAAUAUUCCACCAGAUUUAUCUCAAUGCGUUUUUGUUAUUGAACAAGCGUUGUCCGUUAGGGCAUUACAAGAAUUAGUAACAGCUGCAAGUUCACAAGAAGGUAAAGGCGGAACUGGAUCGGGUCACCGAACAUUGCUUUAUGGAAAUGCAAUAUUAUUGCGUCAUCAAAAUAGCGAUAUGUAUUUAGCUUGUUUAUCGACAAGUUCAUCAAAUGAUAAAUUAUCCUUUGACGUGGGUCUGCAAGAGCAUUCACAAGGUGAAGCUUGUUGGUGGACCGUACAUCCAGCUUCAAAACAACGAUCAGAAGGUGAAAAGGUUCGAGUUGGAGAUGAUUUAAUUCUAGUCUCUGUGGCAACUGAACGAUACUUGCAUACCGCUAAAGAAAAUGAAUUGUCUGUAGUGAAUGCUUCUUUUCACGUAACUCAUUGGUCAGUUCAACCAUAUGGUACUGGUAUCAGCAGAAUGAAAUAUGUUGGUUAUGUUUUUGGCGGGGAUGUACUAAGGUUUUUUCACGGUGGAGAUGAGUGUUUGACAAUACCGUCUUCGUGGAGCGAUGUUUCUGGACAAAAUAUUGUCAUUUAUGAGGGCGGCAGCGUAAUGAGUCAAGCAAGGUCAUUAUGGCGUUUAGAAUUAGCUAGAACUAAAUGGGCAGGUGGGUUCAUCAACUGGUAUCAUCCUAUGAGAAUUAGACAUCUGACAACUGGGAGGUAUUUAGGAGUUAAUGAAAACAACGAGUUGCAUUUAGUUUGCAGAGAAGAGGCUACAACUGCUUCUUCUACAUUCUUUCUACGUCAAGAGAAGGACGACCAAAAAAUAAUUUUAGAAGACAAAGAUUUAGAAGUAAUAGGAGCACCAAUUAUUAAAUAUGGUGACAGUACGGUAUUGGUACAACAUUCUGAUACUGGCUUAUGGCUAACAUAUAAGUCUUAUGAAACAAAAAAGAAAGGUCUGGGUAAAGUAGAAGAAAAACAAGCAGUAUUGCACGAAGAAGGAAAAAUGGAUGAUGGAUUAGAUUUCAGUAGAAGUCAAGAAGAAGAAUCUAGAACUGCAAGAGUUAUACGAAAAUGCUCAUCAUUAUUUACACAAUUCAUUUCAGGCUUAGAGAAUUUACAAAAUAAUCGGCGUUCAUCAUUAUUUUGUUCAUUUGUGAAUUUAAAUGAAAUGGUCAUGUGCCUUGAAGAUUUAAUCAAUUAUUUUGCUCAACCAGAAGAUGACAUGGAACACGAAGAAAAACAAAAUCGGUUUAGAGCAUUAAGAAACCGACAAGACUUAUUUCAAGAAGAAGGAAUACUAAAUUUGAUUCUAGAGGCCAUUGAUAAAGUUAAUAUUAUCACCUCACAAGGAUUCAUGGUCAGCUUAGCAGGUGACGAAUCUGGACAAAGCUGGGAUGUGAUUUCUGGUUAUUUGUAUCAAUUAUUAGCUGCAAUCAUUAAGGGAAAUCACACUAAUUGUGCUCAGUUCGCUAACACAAAUCGCUUAAAUUGGCUAUUCAGUCGAUUAGGAUCUCAAGCAUCUAGUGAGGGAACUGGUAUGUUGGAUGUACUUCAUUGCGUGCUAAUUGAUUCUCCAGAAGCUUUAAACAUGAUGAAAGACGAACACAUUAAAGUUAUCAUAUCACUUUUGGAAAAACACGGUCGUGAUCCUAAAGUUCUAGAUGUUUUAUGUUCUCUGUGUGUUGGUAAUGGCGUGGCCGUGAGAAGUUCGCAAAACAAUAUAUGUGACUUUUUAUUACCAGGAAAGAAUUUACUUCUUCAGACUCAACUCGUUGACCACGUAGCAAGUGUACGCCCCAAUAUUUUUGUUGGUCACGUAAACGGAUCUGCUGUUUAUCGAAAAUGGUACUAUGAGGUAGCUAUAGAUCACAUAGAACAAACCACUCAUUUGACUCCCCAUCUUCGCAUUGGAUGGGCGAACACUGAAGGUUAUGUUCCAUAUCCGGGUGGAGGAGAAAAAUGGGGUGGAAAUGGAGUUGGUGAUGAUUUAUACUCUUUUGGAUUCGAUGGAAGUCAUUUAUGGACUGGAGGGCGUAAGUCGGAAGUAAUGCCUGGUACACAAAUACCCAAUAUAAGAAAAUCCGACGUUAUUGGAUGCGCAUUAGAUUUAACUAUUCCAAUUAUUACAUUUACUCUUAAUGGUCAAUUAGUCCAAGGAGCUUUUAGAGACUUCAAUUUAGAUGGGAUGUUUUUUCCGGUAAUAAGUUGCUCUUCUAAAGUCAGUUGUCGGUUCCUAUUGGGUGGAGAUCAUGGCCGAUUGAAAUUUACUCCACCAGACGAAUUUUCUCCUUUAUUUGAAAGUUUAUUACCUCAACAAAUUUUAACAAUCGAUCCCUGUUUUUAUUUUGGAAAUUUAAAUAAAUGCGUACUUACUGGACCUUGGUAUGUUGAAGACGAUACAGCAUUUGUUCCAAAUCCGGUUGAUACAUCAAUGAUCACUUUGCCAAGUUAUAUAGAAAAUAUUAAGGAUAAAUUAGCGGAAAAUAUCCAUGAAAUGUGGGCAAUGAAUAAAAUUGAAGCUGGUUGGCAGUAUGGUGAAAAUAGAAACGAUACGAGAAAAUACCAUCCUUGUUUAACACAGUUUGAUAAAUUGCCUCCUGCCGAGAAACGAUAUGAUACUCAACUAGCCGUGCAAACACUCAAGACCAUAAUUGCAUUGGGAUAUCAUAUAACUAUUGAUAAUCCACCGUCUCGCAUUAAAACCGUUCGAUUGCCCAACGAACCGUUCAUGCAAUCCAAUGGUUACAAACCCGCACCUCUAGAUUUAUCUGCUAUAAACUUAUCAAGCAAAAUGGAAGAAUUAAUUGAUCAGCUAGCCGAAAAUACACAUAACUUGUGGGCAAAGGAAAGAAUACAGCAAGGAUGGACGUAUGGUCUAAAUGAAGAACUACAAAUGUUACGUAGUCCUCAUUUAGUUCCAUACAGUAAAGUAGAUGAUGCCAUUAAAAAAGCGAAUAGAGACACAGCGAGUGAGACGGUUCGUACGUUAUUAGUAUAUGGUUACAAUUUAGAUCCUCCGACGGGAGAAGCAAACGAAGCAACACCUUUAACAGACGAUAGUACUAACAGAUAUUUAACGUUCCGAACGUAUCGAGCUGAAAAAACAUACGCUGUUUCAAGUGGAAAAUGGUAUUUUGAGUUUGAGAUUUUAACAAGUGGACCAAUGCGAGUCGGUUGGGCCAGAUUUAACUGUUCUCCGGGGUAUCAAAUCGGUAGUGAUGAAAAUUCUUGGGCGUUUGAUGGUUACAAUGAGGAAAAAAUGUAUAUGGGAACAUCGGAAUCAUUUGGAAGACAAUGGCAAAUUGGAGAUAUAGUAGGAGUGUUUUUAGACUUAAUGGAUCAUACAAUAAGCUUUUCACUAAACGGUGAACUAUUGAUGGAUACACUGGGAGGGGAAACAACGUUUUCCGAAGUUCAAGGAGAGGGAUUUGUACCAGCAUUUACGCUAGGGCUAGGUCAAAAAGCAAAAUUAACUUUUGGUCAAGAUGUGAAUUCGCUAAAAUUUUUCACUACUUGUGGACUUCAGGAAGGAUAUGAACCAUUUUGCAUAAAUAUGAAGAGACCUGUUACGUAUUGGUACACCAAGGAUCAACCAAUAUUUGAAAACACCGAUGAUUUUCCAUCUGUUAUUGAUGUGACUAGAAUUCCUGCUGGUUCAGAUACUCCACCGUGUCUCAAAAUUAGUCAUAAUACCUUUGAAACAAUGGAAAAAGCCAAUUGGGAAUUUUUACGGCUAUCUUUACCAGUCAUAUGUCUUCCUACUUUCAUCGAUGAACAAGAAAAACAAAGAAGAUGGCAAGAAAUUAGAAUUAGACAACAUAGGUUAUUGUCACAAUCGGAACAUGCUACUCCUGCACAUAUUGAACAAAUAAUGAAAUCUGGAUUUUCAAUGAGUGAUAUAAAAGGUCUUCAUCAAGGGUAUUCAGACGACGCAGUAGAAAAUGAUGAAAUUAUGCCGAAUGCCACUCCAUUGCCACCAAGAGGCAAAAAGCAACCACCACCUCCGAGACCACCACGAAAAGGAUCAUUGUCAAGACAUGAAGAUAUGAUGAUCGAAAAUGAAGGGAAGCUAAAUCGUUCAUCUAGUGAGCUUAAUUUUAACAUGUAUAACCACCAAAAUGGCGAUGGUCAAGAUAUACACAAAGACGAUAAGAAAAAGAGAGGUCGCUCUCCAUUUCGGUUUUUCUCGAGGAAAAAAGAAAGUCCAACAGAUAAUCCUAAAAGAGCGAAAACACCAGAUCCAGCCAGAAAUAGGGAAAGGUCACGUAAUACUCACAAACCUAAUCCAUUAAAUGAGAGAGUUACUCCUCAAAUAAGAGUUUCACAAAUGGAUUUGAAAUUGGUUCCACCGGCUAUACCAGAUAGACCGGGUGGUCCAAAAGCUAUGUCAUUCACACCGACAACAGCGGGAGUUGAAUUUGUUGGAAACGAAAUAUAUGAUUUAGAAUGUUUAAAAUUGAUUAAUGAAUAUUAUUAUGGUGUGAGAAUAUUUCCUGGUCAAGAUCCUACCCACGUUUACGUGGGAUGGGUUACUACUCAAUAUCAUCUCCACAGUAAAGAUUUCAGCCAAAAUCACGUGAGAAAAAGUACUGUUACAAUCGUCGAUGAACAUAACAGGAUUUUGGAAAGUAUUGACAGGCAAAGUUGUUACAUGGUUCGAUCUGAUGAACUGUACAAUGAGGUAACCAAUGAUUCAUCGGGGAAAGGAGCAUCUCAAGGAAUGGCUAUAGGAUGUUUUAUUGAUAUAGUUACUGGAAUCAUGUCAUUCACAUGCGAAGGAAAAGAAACUAGUUUUAGAUUUAAAAUGGAGCCAGAUAUAAAACUAUUCCCGGCAAUAUUCGUGGAAGCUAGUAGUAAAGAAAUUUUACAAAUCGAGUUGGGUAGAACUUCAACCACUCUGCCUUUAUCUGCUGCUGUUUUACAAAAUUCAGAACGUCAUGUAGUUCCUCAGUUUCCACCUAGGUUAAAAGUUCAAUGUCUAAGACCUCAUCAAUGGGCUCGAGUUCCAAAUGCUUCUUUACAUAUUCAUACUUUGAAAUUAUCUGACAUAAGAGGAUGGAGUAUUCUUUGUGAAGAUCCAGUAUCGAUGAUUGCACUACACAUUCCCGAAGAAGAUAGAUGUAUUGAUAUUUUAGAGUUGAUCGAAAUGGAAAAAUUACUAUCUUUCCAUGCUCACACAUUGACUUUGUAUGCCGCUGUAUGUUAUCAAGCUAAUUACCGAGCAGCUCACAUAUUAUGCACACACGUAAAUCAAAAGCAGUUGCUAUAUGCUAUAUGUUCAGAAUAUAUGUCUGGUCCUUUGCGUCAAGGAUUUUAUGAUCUCUUAAUAGCUUUACAUUUGGAAUCACAUGCUACUACCAUGGAGGUUUGUAAAAACGAAUACAUCAUACCUUUGGGACAAGAAUUGACAGUUUUAUACGAGGAUCCACAAAUGGGCCACAGUUUACGUUCUUUACAAACUGAAUCUGUUCGUCCUCAAAUGAAAAUGACUGAAAUCUCAGAUGUUAUUGACAAUGUCCGAAAUUUAUAUAGUCCAUACUUCCCGUUACAAGUAGUAAGAGAAUAUGUGAUGGCUGCAUUGGAAGAAGCCGUUUUAGUGAAUCAGGUUCAUAAUAGAGAUCCUAUUGGUGGCUCUAAUGAAAAUUUAUUUUUACCCCUAUUAAAAUUAGUGGACCGUCUUUUGCUUGUUGGUAUGUUACGUGAUGAAGAUGUAGUGAAAUUGUUAAUAAUGAUCAACCCAGAAACUUGGGAUCCUGAAUUUCAAAAAGAUGGUCCGGAUGAACAUAGAAAAGGUUUACUACAUAUGAAAAUGGCCGAAGGAGCCAAACUUCAAAUGUGUUAUUUAUUACAUCAUUUAUGUGAUAUUCAACUCCGGCAUAGAGUCGAGUCUAUAAUCUCGUUUAGUUAUCAAUUUGUUAACGAUAUACAAACUGAUCAAUUAAGGAGAUACAAUGAAAUAAAACAAUCGGAUUUACCAUCCGCAGUAGCUGCCAAAAAAACUAGGGAGUUCAGGUGUCCACCACGAGAGCAAAUGAAUGCAAUAUUAGGUUUUAAGAAUUUAGUUAAUGAUGACAAAGAAAAUUGCUUAAUCGGUGAUGAUCUACGUGAGAGAAUGAACGAAUUUAAUGAGAAACUGAUGAAGCAAAUAUCAUUAGUAGCUCUACAAGAGUCUGAAGAUGACAAAUCAGAAAACAUAAAUAAAGAAGGUAAAAUAAAACAAUUUUACAAUUUUAUAAACGCAGUGAAAGACGAAUCAAAUGAAAAUGGUCUGGAUGAACAGGAAAAGAAAAUACCAGAAGAAAUAUUUAGGAAAGUUUUAAUAUCUACUAUCGUAUCUUGGGCCGAAGAAACUCAAAUUGAAACUCCAAAAUUAGUUAGAGAAAUGUUCAGUUUAUUAGUUAGACAGUACGACAGUGUCGGAGAAUUGAUUCGUGCUCUCGAGAAAACUUAUGUAAUUAAUUUUAAAACAAAAGAAGAUGUCGCCCAAAUGUGGGUUGGCCUUAGUCAAAUUCGUUCUUUAUUACCUGUCCAAAUGUCACAAGAAGAAGAAGAAUUGAUGCGUGAAAGAUUAUGGAAACUUGUGAAUAAUCACACGUUUUUCCAACAUCCGGAUUUAAUAAGAGUUCUUCGAAUGCACGAGAACGUAAUGGCAGUUAUGAUGAACACGUUGGGAAGAAGAGCUCAGGCUCAAUCUCAACCUGGUGGGACUCCUGUAACGGGACAAGAUGGAGAAAUAAUUCCAAAAGAAAAAGAUACAUCACAUGAAAUGGUUGUAGCGUGUUGCCGAUUCUUAUGUUACUUUUGUCGUACAUCGAGACAAAAUCAGAAAGCCAUGUUUGAUCAUUUCUCAUUUUUACUAGAAAACAGUAAUAUAUUACUCUCGAGACCAUCAUUAAGAGGAAGCACACCACUCGAUGUUGCUUAUUCUUCUCUAAUGGAGAAUACAGAACUCGCUUUAGCAUUGAGAGAACAUUAUUUGGAAAAAAUUGCAAUAUAUUUGUCUCGAUGUGGUUUGCAAUCUAAUUCUGAAUUGAUUGAAAAGGGAUAUCCUGAUUUAGGAUGGGAUCCAGUAGAAGGAGAACGAUAUUUAGAUUUCCUACGGUUUUGUGUUUGGGUUAAUGGUGAAAGCGUGGAAGAAAAUGCUAACUUGGUUAUCCGAUUACUUAUACGUCGACCUGAAUGUUUGGGUCCUGCAUUAAGAGGAGAAGGAGAAGGCCUUUUACGUGCCAUAAUUGAUGCUAAUAAAAUGUCAGAAAGAAUAGCAGAACGGAAAAAAUUCUUAGAAGAAUCAGGGAACCAAGAAAAUAUUCAACUUGAUCAUCCACUUCCAGAAUCCGAAGACGAUGAAGAUUAUAUUGAUACAGGAGCUGCUAUUUUAAACUUUUACUGUACCCUUGUAGACUUACUUGGGAGAUGUGCACCAGAUAGUUCGGUGAUUUCACUGGGGAAAAAUGAAUCUUUACGAGCCAGAGCUAUUCUUCGUUCAUUGGUGCCUCUUGAAGAUCUACAUGGAGUUUUAAGUCUUAGAUUUACACUUCAAAAUCCUGCCGCAGGCCAAGAUCGUCCUAAAAGUGACAUGCCUUCAGGGUUGAUACCCGGACACAAACAAAGCAUCGUACUCUUCUUAGAACGAGUGUACGGAAUCGAAACUCAAGAGCUAUUUUUCACGCUGCUAGAGGAGGCGUUCUUACCAGACCUACGUACCGCAACAAUGCUCGACAGAAAUGAUGGGCUCGAAUCAGAUAUGGCGUUGGCUAUGAACAGAUACAUCGGAAAUUCAGUACUGCCAUUACUUAUAGGUCAUUCGAAGUUCUAUAGCGAGUCCGAUAAUUAUGCUAAUCUGUUAGAUGCUACGUUACAUACGGUAUACAGAUUAUCCAAAAAUAGAAUGUUAACAAAAGGACAACGUGAAGCUGUUUCAGACUUUUUGGUAGCUUUAACUAGCCAAAUGCAACCGAGUAUGUUAUUGAAAUUACUUCGAAAACUAACGGUCGAUGUAUCAAAUUUAUCGGAGUAUACUACUGUGGCACUGAGACUGUUGACGUUGCAUUACGACCGGUGUGCAAAAUACUAUGGGUCUACAGGUGGUCAAGGAAUAUAUGGAGCUUCUAGUGACGAAGAAAAAAGAUUAACCAUGAUGUUGUUCAGUAACAUAUUUGACUCUUUGUCAAAAAUGGACUAUGAUCCUGAGCUCUUUGGAAAGGCAUUACCUUGUUUGUCAGCAAUCGGUUGUGCUUUACCUCCAGAUUAUUCUUUAUCGAAAAAUUAUGAUGAUGAAUGGUAUGGUUCAAAACAAAAUAUUCAAGGACCUUCAGAUGGACCUUACAAUCCACAACCAAUUAAUACAAAUAGCGUUAAUCUUGAUAACGACUUAAACUCUAUCGUACAAAAAUUCUCAGAACAUUAUCAUGAUGCAUGGGCAAGUCGUAAACUGGAAAACGGAUGGGUUUACGGUGAGCAAUUUAACGAUGUUAACAAAGCUCAUCCUCGUCUUAAACCAUAUAUGAUGUUAAGUGAAUAUGAAAAAGAACUAUAUAAAGAACCUGUUAGAGAGUCACUUAAAGCAUUACUCGCAAUAGGAUGGACUAUUGAACAAUCAGAAAACGAUGCACCAUUAAACAACAGAGGAUCUGUCCGACGGCAAUCAAAAUCGAAUGAAAAUGUUACACCAUUUGAUUAUCACCCAAAUCCUAUUGAUAUGACAAAUUUGACACUCACUAGAGAAAUGCAAAAUAUGGCAGAACGAUUAGCAGAAAACUCUCAUGAUAUCUGGGCCAAGAAGAAAAAAGAAGAACUCAUGAUAUGUGGAGGAGGUAUUCACAACCAAUUGGUUCCGUACGAUUUGUUGACUGACAAAGAAAAGAAAAAAGACAGAGAAAGGUCACAAGAAUUUUUGAAAUACUUACAAUACCAAGGCUAUAAAUUACAUAGACCAAAUCGUAACGGUGGACCUACAGAAGCUGAACAAUUGGCUGCUGCGUCAACAGGAGAGCUAAGGUUUUCUUAUAGUUUACUAGAAAAAUUGAUUCAUUACAUCGACAGAGCCUCGAUAAAUAUGAAACUUUUAAGGCCUUCGAGUACAUUUAGCAGACGUUCGAGUUUUAAAAUCUGUACGAGGGAUAUCAAAUUUUUUUCCAAAGUUGUGUUGCCAUUAGUAGAGAAAUACUUCAGCACCCACAGAAAUUACUUCAUAACCAUAGCAACGGCUUCUAGUGUCUUAGGCGCAGCUUCGUUAAAAGAAAAAGAAAUGGUGGCAAGCUUAUUUUGUAAGUUAGCAAACUUGUUGAGAUCUAAAUUAAUGGCCUUCGGAGCUGACGUCCGUAUAACGGUCCGAUGUCUGCAAGUUCUCGUCAAAGCGAUUGAUGCCAAAUCUCUUGUGAAAAACUGUCCAGAAUUUAUAAGAACUUCAAUGCUCACGUUUUUCCAUAACAUCGCAGAUGAUUUGGAACAUACAAUUCAAAAUUUGCACGAUAGUCGUUACUGCUAUUUACGUGGAACACAUUUGAAAACAUCGACGUCAUUAUUUUACGUCAACGACGUCAUUCUUCCAGUUUUGUCAUCGCUUUUCGAUCACCUAGCAGCAUGUGAAUACGGAAACGAUUUAUUAUUGGACGAAAUUCAAGUUGCAGCUUAUAAAAUAUUGAGUAGUUUGUAUACACUUGGUACAGAUACUUCAUUAACACAUGAUCGAAAGUAUUUAAAAGUACAAUUGGAACGACAUCGACCGGCAUUUGGUAGUUGUUUAGGCGCUUUUAGUUCAACAUUUCCAGUGGCUUUCCUCGAACCUCAUCUAAAUAAACAUAAUCCGUAUUCACUUCACAAUCGAAUCGCUGAUCAUUCUUUGGAAGCUCAAGAUAUAAUGUCAAGAAUGGAAGGUACUAUGCCCACUUUAGAAGCUGUGUUAAAUGAAGUUGAUCAGUUUAUUGAAUCAGAAAAAACAUAUGCUGAUGCUCCUCACAUCAUUGAUGUAAUUUUACCAUUGUUGUGUUCAUAUUUGCCAUAUUGGUGGGCACAAGGACCAGAUAAUGUUGCUUUGACUACAGGAAAUCAUGUUACAAUGGUGACCAGUGAACACAUGAACUGUCUUUUGAAAAAUGUAUUAAAAUUGAUAAAAAAAAAUAUAGGAAACGAUAACGCACCAUGGAUGACACAAAUUGCAACUUAUACACAACAAAUUAUUAUCAACUCUUCGGAAGAAUUGUUAAAAGAUUCGUUCUUGCCACUAGCUGAACGAGUAAAAAAACGUACCGAAUCAUUAUACCAUAAGGAAGAAUCAUUAAGAGGAUUUAUAAAAUCAUCUACUGAUGAUACAUCUCAAAUCGAAGCGCAAAUACAAGAAGACUGGCAACUAGUUGUCAGAGAUAUUUACGCGUUCUACCCACUUCUCAUAAAAUACGUCGAUCUUCAGCGUAACCAUUGGUUACGCAAUAAUAUUUCAAACGCUGAAGAUUUAUACAACCACGUUUCCGAAAUAUUUAACAUUUGGUCCAAAUCGCAGUACUUUUUACGAGAAGAACAAAACUUCAUUUCCGCAAAUGAAAUCGACAAUAUGAUUCUUAUUAUGCCCACAGCUACACGACGAUCAGCCGUUAUAUCAGAAACGUCUUUGGGAGGGUCGACUGGAAAAAAAAGGAAAAAACACAGAGAUAAGAAACGUGAUAAGGAAAAAGAAAUUCAAGCUUCAUUGAUGGUCGCUUGUCUCAAGCGAUUACUGCCAGUUGGUUUGAAUUUGUUCGCAGGAAGAGAACAAGAAUUAGUUCAACACUGCAAGGAUAGAUUCUUAAAAAAAAUGCUGGACUACGACAUCAUUCAAUUUGUCAAAAUUCAAUUGACAUUGCCUGAUAAGCUAGACCCAGCUGAUGAAAUGUCCUGGCAACACUAUUUAUACUCAAAGCUGGGCAGCAAAAAAGGAACCACCGAAAUGAUUAAGCCUCAGCAAGUCGACGAGGUUGCAGAUAGGAUUUUGGCUAUGGCUAAGGUUCUUUAUGGAUUGCACAUGAUUGAUCAUCCUCAGCUUCAAAGUAAGGCGACUUAUCGAUCAGUUGUAUCGACGCAACGUAAGAGAGCCGUAAUUGCUUGUUUCCGACAACUCUCGCUCCACGCUUUGACCAGACAUCGUGCAGUAAACAUAUUUGUUCGUUCAUUUUACGAACUAUGGCUUCAAGAUGAGAAUAUUGGACAAGAAGUUAUGAUUGAAGAUCUCACGCAAUCAUUCGAAGAAGCGGAACUUAAAAAACGUGAUAAAGAAGAAGAAGAAGGAAAAGCUGAUCCACUUAAUCAAAUGGUCACGACUUUUUGUCGUGGUGCUAUGACCGAGAGAAGUGGUGCGUUACAAGAAGAUCCACUUUACAUGUCAUAUGCAGAUAUUUUAGCUAAGUCAUGCGGUGAAGAAGAAGAAGAAGGAAAUGAUGAAGAAGAAAGUUCAAGUGGUAACGGAGAAGAAGAAGGCGGUGCUUCAAUACACGAACAAGAAAUGGAAAAACAAAAACUUUUGUUCCAUCAAGCUCGAUUGGCUAAUCGUGGUGUCGCAGAAAUGGUUUUGUUACACAUAUCAGCUUGUAAAGGUAUACCUAGUGAGAUGGUUAUGAAAACGCUUCAAUUAGGUAUUGCAGUUCUUCGAGGCGGUAAUUUAGAAAUUCAAAUGGGUAUGUUAAAUCAUUUAAAAGAAAAGAAAGAUGUUGGAUUUUUUACUUCGGUUGCUGGUCUUAUGAAUUCUUGCAGUGUACUCGAUUUAGACGCUUUUGAAAGAAAUACUAAAGCCGAGGGGCUAGGAGUUGGAUCGGAAGGCGCUGCUGGUGAAAAAAAUAUGCACGAUGCCGAGUUUACAUGUACUUUAUUCAGAUUCAUUCAAUUAACAUGCGAAGGACAUAAUUUGGAAUGGCAAAAUUAUUUAAGAACGCAAGCCGGAAAUACCACGACUGUCAAUGUGGUCAUUUGUACAGUAGAUUAUUUACUAAGACUUCAAGAAUCUAUAAUGGACUUUUAUUGGCACUAUUCAAGCAAAGAGCUUAUUGACCCGGCGGGAAAGGCAAAUUUCUUUAAAGCAAUUGGUGUUGCUAGUCAAGUUUUUAAUACACUAUCUGAAGUCAUUCAAGGUCCGUGUACUCAAAACCAACAGGCUCUAGCUCAUUCAAGGUUAUGGGAUGCCGUCGGAGGAUUUUUGUUUUUGUUUUCACACAUGCAAGAUAAAUUAUCAAAACAUUCGAGUCAAGUAGAUUUACUGAAAGAGCUGUUGAAUUUACAAAAAGAUAUGAUCACAAUGAUGCUAUCUAUGUUAGAAGGAAAUGUUGUUAACGGAACUAUUGGUAAACAAAUGGUUGAUACUUUGGUUGAAUCUGCUUCUAAUGUUGAGUUGAUAUUGAAAUACUUUGACAUGUUUCUGAAACUCAAAGAUUUAACAAGUUCAGCAAGUUUUACGGAAAUCGACCCAAACAAUGAUGGUUGGGUACAACCAAAAGAUUUCAAAGAAAAAAUGGAACAACAAAAAAGUUAUACUGCUGAGGAAAUCGAGUUCAUGUUGCAAUGUUGUGAGUCUAACCAUGAUGGAAAAAUCGAUUACAUCGGAUUCACGGAUCAAUUCCACGAGCCCGCCAAAGAAAUUGGAUUCAACCUUGCCGUACUGUUGACUAACUUGUCGGAACACAUGCCUAAUGAACCGAGGUUGACAAGGUUCCUCGAAACUGCCAGCAGUGUCUUGAACUAUUUCCAACCGUUCCUCGGCAGGAUAGAAAUUCUCGGUGGCAGUAAACGCAUCGAAAGAGUAUACUUUGAAAUCAAAGAAUCGAACAUCGAACAAUGGCUGAAACCUCAGAUCAGAGAAUCGAAACGAGCAUUUUUCUACUCGAUCGUCACUGAAGGCGGUGAUAAAGAGAAAUUGGAGGCAUUCGUGAAUUUCUGCGAAGACGCUAUAUUUGAAAUGCAACAUGCCAGUGGUCUCAUGGCGGUUGAUGAUGGCUCAGGAAUAGGCGGUGGAAAGUCUAGGAAAACCUCUUACACUUAUCUCGCCGAUGACGAAGAAAAUAAGACGGCUAAAGAUCCUGUUCGUAGAGGCAUACAGGCUAUAAAAUAUGGAUUCCAUCUAUUGUUCUUCGUUUUGUCGCCCACAAAUAUAAAAAACAAAAUUAAUGAGAUUCAACAAAUGACUACUGUUGAACUAAUUAAGUCGUUUUUCAAAUUGUGGUUUUACUUGAUGUUCUACACUGGUUAUAGUGGAUUUUACGUUUUGAGGUAUAUAUCUCGUAUUCUCAUGCAACUAAUGAGCGGCACUCAAUCUGAAGAAACAGCUGUUGAAAUCGUAGAAGAAAAAAGUGGAUCGUUUAGAAUGCUGCCUGCGUUGCCGUCAUCUGGAAUGGACGAUAUGUCAACUUCGGUCGACAAUAACAACAUAAGGAAGAAUUCCGAUAUGAUCGACUCAAAGAAUCUAAAAUUGACUACGGAUCGUAGUGAUGACGAACAUCACGCCGAAACAUCAACGGAAAAUAACGAAGACGCUGGCAAAACGGAAGACGGAAGUGCCGAAUCACAAGCAUCGUUUGUCGACUUACUAGUAGGUGAAUCAGCUAGAAAAGAUUCGAUUGCUGGUCCUGAAGUUUUGGCUCAACAACAGGCUGUUAUGGCAGCCGUGGAAGCAGAAACUAAACAAAAGAACUCUGUCACCAAUCAUAGUGCAUUUUCUACGAUCGAUAUCAACGCGUACACGCAUCGAGCGUUGAGUUUCUUGGCCAGAAACUUUUACAAUUUAAAAUACGUUGCGCUAGUAUUAGCGUUCUGCAUCAAUUUCAUACUACUAUUUUACAAAGUGUCAACCCUUACUGAAGAUUUAUCAGAAGAUGACGUCAAAGAGUUUGCACUGGGUUCGGCCGGCAUCAGUAAUGACGAUCUCGAUGAUUCUAAUAGUACAGACGUGGCCGAUGAUGACGGAGCUCUGGAACUCGUGCACGUCAAUCAGGAUUUCUAUUACAUGGAACACGUCAUGCGGCUCGCGGCCUUACUCCACUCUUUGGCGUCGCUGGCCAUGCUGAUAGCGUACUAUCACUUAAAAGUACCGUUGGCCAUAUUCAAACGCGAGAAGGAAAUCGCCAGAAGAUUGGAGUUCGACGGUUUGUACAUUGUCGAACAGCCGGAGGACGAUGACAUUAAGUCCCAUUGGGAUAAACUAGUGAUCUCUGCCAAAUCAUUUCCGGUAAAUUACUGGGACAAAUUCGCGAAGAAAAAAGUUCGUCAAAAGUACAGUGAAACGUACGAUUUCGAUUCCAUAAGUAAUUUGUUGGGAAUGGAAAAAACAUCAUUCACCACUCAAGAAAAUGAAGAAGGGUCCGGUCUAAUUAAUUUUGUAAUCAAUAUCGAUUGGAGAUACCAAGUGUGGAAAGCUGGAGUCACAAUAACAGACAAUGCAUUCCUGUACAGUCUGUGGUAUUUCACAUUUUCGAUUUUGGGUAACUUUAACAAUUUCUUCUUUGCCGCUCAUCUAUUGGACGUAGCCGUCGGUUUCAAAACGCUAAGAACGAUCUUACAGUCAGUCACUCACAACGGAAAACAGCUCGUAUUGACCGUUAUGCUUCUGACGAUCAUUGUGUACAUAUACACGGUUAUUGCAUUUAACUUCUUCAGGAAAUUCUACGUCCAAGAAGAAGACGACGAAGUGGAUAAAAAGUGUCACGACAUGCUGACGUGCUUCGUGUUCCAUUUGUACAAAGGUGUACGGGCCGGCGGUGGUAUCGGAGACGAGAUCGGUUCGCCCGACGGCGACGACUACGAAGUCUACAGAAUAAUGUUCGACAUCACGUUUUUCUUCUUCGUCAUCGUCAUCCUGUUGGCCAUCAUUCAGGGUUUGAUCAUCGACGCGUUCGGAGAGUUGCGUGACCAGUUGGAAAGCGUCAAAGAGGACAUGGAGUCCAACUGUUUCAUAUGCGGCAUCGGCAAAGACUAUUUCGACAAGGUGCCGCACGGUUUCGACACGCACGUGCAACAAGAGCACAACCUCGCCAACUACAUGUUUUUCCUGAUGCAUCUGAUCAACAAACCGGACACGGAGUACACCGGCCAGGAGACGUACGUGUGGAACAUGUACCAGCAACGGUGUUGGGACUUUUUCCCCGUGGGAGAUUGUUUCCGCAAACAGUACGAGGAAGAGCUGGGCGGUGGCGGAGGAGUUUGAUCACGGCACGUCGUAUUUAUUUUAUAUUCUAUAUCAGUGUUGUUGUUUCCCCCCCCCCCACGUUGCGUGUCGUAACCACUCGUCGCGAUACGCCGAAA